AUGGUAAUGGCACUCGGGGUGAAAGCAGGCAUGUGGCUGGCAAGACCCUGGCAGCGCCUACACAGCAGGAGGGCGCUGGGCACCACAGCAACGCCAGCCCCCACGACACCGCAGCCCUUUGAAGCUAUACCGCAGUACUCCAGAAACAAGUGGCUGAAGAUGCUACAGAUCCUGAGGGAGCAGGGCCAAGAGAACCUGCAUCUGGAGAUGAACCAGGCCUUUCAGGAGCUGGGGCCCAUUUUCAGGCACAACAUAGGAAGAACAAAGAUAGUGUCUGUGAUGUUGCCAGAGGAUGCUAAAAAGGUGCUCCAGAUAGACGGCCCACACCCCAUCCGCCUACCCUUGGAAUCCUGGUUGGAUCACAGAGAACACCGUGGCCUGGGUUGUGGUGUGUUUUUGCUAAAUGGGCCCGAAUGGCGCUUCAAUAGACUGAGGCUGAACCCAAAUGUUCUGUCACUGGAAGCCGUUCAAAAGUUUGUCCCUAUGGUGGACACGGUAGCAAGGGACUUCGUGCAGAACAUGAAGAAGAUGCUGGAGACCACCCAUGAAAGCUUCUCCAUAGACUCUUACUCCAAUUUCUUCAACUAUACUAUAGAAGCCAGCCACUUUGUUCUUUUUGGAGAGCGGCUGGGCCUCAUCGGCAGUGACCUGAGUCCUGGCAGCCUGAAGUUCAUCCACGCCUUACAUUCCAUGUUCAAGUCUACCACCCAGCUCCUGUUCCUACCCAAGAGCCUGACUCGAUGGACGAGCAACCGGGUGUGGAAAGAACAUUUUGAGGCCUGGGAUGCCAUCUCUGAGUAUGUCGCACAAUGUAUCAAGAGUGUGUAUCGAGGGCUGGCAGAGGGUCACCUGAAGAACUGGAGUAUCGUCUCAGAGCUGGUUACAGAGAGUGCUCUGACAAUGGAUAGCAUCCAUGCCAAUUCUUUGGAGCUCACUGCUGGAAGUGUAGACACGACAUCAAUCCCCUUGGUAAUGACCCUUUUCGAGUUGGCUCGGAACCCAGAUGUUCAGCAGGCCCUUCGGCAGGAGAGCCUGGCAGCUGAGGCCAGCAUUGCUGCAAAUCCUCAGAGGCUUAAGUCAGAAUUGCCUCUGUUGCAGGCUGCCCUUAAAGAGACCUUGAGGCUCUAUCCUGUUGCUAGUAUUUUGGAGAGAACUCUAAGCUCAGACUUGGUGCUUCAGAACUACCAUGUCCCUGCUGGGACAUUGGUCCAGUUUUAUCUGUACUCCAUGGGCCGAAACCCUGCAGUGUUCCAAAGGCCUGAGCGUUACGUGCCUCAGCGCUGGCUGGAGAGGAAGAGGACUUUCCAGCACCUGGCCUUUGGCUUUGGGGUGCGCCAGUGCCUGGGGAGGCGCCUGGCAGAGGUGGAGAUGCUGCUCCUGCUGCAUCACAUUCUGAAAUCCUUCCACGUGGAGACACAAGAGCAAGAGGAUGUGCAGAUGGUCUACCGCUUUGUUUUGAUGCCCAGCUCCAGCCCCCUCCUCACUUUCCGGCUUGCCAGCUAG